AUGGCUGGAAGGCCAACAGGAGGUCGCCCUGGCGGUCCCGCCGGGAACCGCGACGACCUUCUGCUGGAUCUCGACAGCGACCAGCCCAUAUACAAUGACGGCCAGCGGUCCGCCCUCAACGAUGACGACCUAAUGCGCUCGUACACGCUCGAUCAUGACCCCCAAAGCCGCCCCUCGGUUUCCUACGAUGAUUUUGUCGGCGCCUCAGGGCCCGCGGCCGCUGGACGCCCGAGCGGAGGUGCUGGGCUGACGCCGGGCGGCCAGGGUGCCACCGGGCCGUACACUCACAGGCAGUACAGCCAGACAUCAGACUUGGGCAACUACCAGCGUUAUGCUGACGACUUUGACGACUAUCCCACGGACGGCGACUCGUACUACCAACAUGGUGGCACCAUGAGCGGCGGAGCCGCAUCCGCAUCCGCCCGGAAUAACGCAAGGAACAGAAACAGCGUGCUGAGUCUCGGCGGUGGAUUCCUGGGCAAGGUGAAGAACAGGCUCGGCAUGGGCGAGGGAUACUCGGAGAUGGACCUGCCCCUGACGGAGCCGGGACAAGAACGCGGAGGGCCCGCCGGGGACGCCGCUCAGCAAGAUCACAAGAGCAAGAAGUUCGACAUGGGUAACUUCAAGUUCGGAUUUGGCCGAAGCAAACCCGAUCCCUCAACCCUUGGCCCCCGAAUCAUUCAUCUCAACAACCCGCCGGCAAAUGCUGCCAACAAAUACGUCAACAAUCACAUCUCUACCGCCAAGUACAACGUCGCGACAUUCUUACCCAAAUUCCUCUUCGAGCAGUUUUCAAAAGUCGCCAACAUUUUCUUCCUUUUCACGGCUGCCCUUCAGCAGAUUCCGGGCCUCUCGCCGACGAACCGGUAUACCACGAUUGCUCCCUUGCUUAUUGUGCUUGCAAUCUCAGCCGGAAAGGAGCUGGUCGAAGACUACCGGAGAAGACAAGCGGAUAACGCGCUGAACACGUCCAGAGCGCGAGUAUUACGAGGAACGAGUUUUACGGAAACGAAGUGGAUCAAUGUGGCCGUGGGAGACGUGGUCAGAGUUGAAUCGGAGGAGCCGUUCCCCGCGGAUUUGGUCCUCCUCGCGAGUUCGGAGCCCGAGGGUCUCUGUUAUAUCGAAACAGCAAACCUGGACGGCGAAACGAACCUGAAGAUCAAGCAGGGGUUGCCCGAGACGUCGUCAAUGGUGUCGCCUAGCGAACUGAGUCGGCUUGGCGGCCGCAUCAAGUCGGAACAGCCGAACAGCAGCCUGUAUACGUACGAGGCGACGCUCACCAUGCAGUCCGGAGGAGGCGAAAAGGAGCUGCCCCUGAACCCUGAGCAGCUGCUCCUUCGAGGUGCUACCUUGCGCAACACGCCGUGGAUCCAUGGUGUGGUUGUCUUCACAGGCCACGAAACCAAGUUGAUGCGAAACGCUACGGCAGCUCCCAUCAAGCGGACCAAGGUGGAGAGGCAGCUCAACUGGCUUGUGCUUGUGCUCGUGGGCAUGCUGAUCGCGCUGAGCGUCAUCUGUACAGUCGGCGACCUCGUCAUGCGCAGUGUGCAGUUUGACUCGCUCUCGUAUCUCUACCUGGACAGGAUCAACAACGCGGGCAAGGUGGCACAGACGUUCGCCAAGGACAUGGUCACGUACUGGGUCCUGUUCUCUUCUCUGGUCCCCAUUUCAUUGUUUGUCACGGUCGAACUCGUCAAGUACUGGCACGGAAUCCUUAUCAACGAUGACCUCGACAUGUAUCACGACAAGACCGACACUCCGGCCACGUGCAGAACGUCGAGCUUGGUUGAAGAGCUUGGCAUGGUUGAGUAUGUGUUUUCCGACAAGACAGGCACCUUGACGUGCAACCAGAUGGAGUUCAAGCAAUGCUCGAUCGCGGGGAUCCAGUACGCCGAUGCGGUGUCCGAAGACCGCCGCGCCACAUCUCCCGACGACCUCGAGAACAUCCACGAUUUCAACAGGCUCAGAUCCAACCUCAGAGAGGGGCACGAAUCAGCUCCAGCCAUCGACCACUUUCUCUCCCUGCUGGCGAUUUGCCACACAGUCAUUCCUGAGAUGACGGAGAAGGGCCACAUCAAAUAUCAAGCUGCGUCUCCGGACGAAGGUGCGCUGGUACAGGGCGCCGUCGAACUAGGAUACAAGUUCACCGCCCGCAAGCCAAAAUCUGUGAUUAUUGAAACGGGCGGGCAGGAGUUGGAGUAUGAGCUCUUGGCUGUGUGCGAGUUCAACUCGACCCGAAAGAGGAUGUCCGCUAUUUAUCGAUGCCCCGAUGGCAAGAUCCGCUGCUACUGCAAGGGCGCCGACACGGUGAUUCUCGAGCGGCUGAGCGAUCAGAACCCGCACGUCGAGGCCACCCUGCGUCACCUCGAAGAAUAUGCAUCUGAGGGUCUGCGGACGCUUUGCCUGGCGAUGCGCGAGAUUCCCGAGCAAGAGUUCCAAGAAUGGUACCAGAUCUUCGACACGGCGGCGACGACGGUUGGCGGCACUCGCGCAGAUGAGCUGGACAAGGCGGCUGAGAUCAUCGAGCACGACUUCUUCCUCCUGGGCGCCACGGCCAUCGAGGAUCGGCUGCAGGAUGGCGUCCCCGAGACGAUUCACACCUUGCAGCAGGCCAACAUCAAGGUCUGGGUGCUGACGGGUGACCGUCAGGAGACUGCCAUUAACAUCGGAAUGAGCUGCAAGCUCCUCAGCGAGGACAUGAUGCUGUUGAUUGUCAACGAGGAGUCGGCUGCGGCCACGCGCGACAAUCUCCAGAAGAAGCUUGACGCCAUCAGGACUCAGGGCGACGGCACAAUCGAGAUGGAGACGUUGGCCCUGGUCAUUGACGGCAAAUCACUGACGUAUGCGCUGGAGAAGGACCUCGAGAAGCUGUUCCUCGACCUCGCCGUCAUGUGCAAGGCAGUCAUCUGCUGCCGCGUGUCGCCGCUGCAGAAGGCCCUGGUGGUAAAGCUGGUCAAGAAACACAAGAAGCAAUCGAUUCUGCUCGCCAUCGGUGACGGAGCAAACGAUGUCUCCAUGAUCCAAGCUGCCCACAUCGGCGUCGGUAUCAGCGGCAUGGAGGGUCUGCAAGCCGCCCGCAGUGCCGACGUGGCCAUUGCCCAGUUCCGCUUUCUGCGCAAGUUGCUGUUGGUUCACGGCGCCUGGAGUUACCAGCGCGUGAGCAAGACGAUUCUGUUUUCGUUUUACAAGAACAUUGCUCUUUACAUGACGCAAUUCUGGUACACAUUCCAAAACGUCUUUUCGGGACAGGUCAUUUACGAAUCGUGGACGCUGUCCUUUUACAACGUCUUCUACACAGUGUUGCCGCCGCUGGCGCUAGGCAUCCUGGACCAGUUCAUCUCGGCGCGCCUCCUGGACCGCUAUCCACAGCUGUACAUGAUGGGCCAGCAGAACAGCUUCUUCAAGCUCAAGGUGUUUGCGCAGUGGAUCGCCAACGCAUUCUACCACUCCAUCAUUCUGUACAUCUUUGGCGAGCUAAUCUGGUACGGCGACCUGAUCCAAGGGGACGGCAAGACGGCUGGCCACUGGGUCUGGGGCACCGCCCUGUACGGUGCAGUCCUCCUGACGGUGUUGGGCAAGGCGGCCUUGGUGACGAACAACUGGACCAAGUACCACGUGCUGGCGAUUCCGGGCAGCAUGGCCAUCUGGUACGUGUUCAUCGCCGCUUACGGCACCGUGGCGCCCAUGGUCAACUUUUCGACCGAGUACCACGGCGUGGUUCCGCGGCUGUUCACGAGCCCGAUAUUCUGGCUGCAGACGCUGGUCCUGGCGAUUAUGUGUCUGCUGCGAGACUUUGCGUGGAAGUACGCCAAGCGUAUGUACCGGCCGCAGACUUACCAUCACAUCCAGGAGAUUCAAAAGUACAACAUUCAAGACUACAGACCCAGAAUGGAGCAGUUCCAAAAGGCGAUCCGCAAGGUCCGACAGGUGCAGCGGAUGCGCAAGCAGCGCGGGUACGCUUUUUCGCAGGCCGACGAAAGCCAGACGCGCGUGCUCCAGGCGUACGACACGACCAAGCACAGGGGACGGUACGGAGAGAUGGCGAGCUCGCGGCCGACAGACCGGAGCAUGGGAAAGGAUCGGGGCACGGCAGAACGAGCGUGUGCGCGUCGGGAGCAGACGCUGCUCAUCUCUACCAAUAUUAUCCGCAACAUGACCAUGAAGCGUUUCCUGUCGUUUGACCGAUUGACUCUGCCCGACAUCGGUGACCUCGCUGCCUUGGUCCAUGACGACAUGGCUUAA